UGUUGUUUGAAAACUAACAAAUACUUUCGUUGAAUAAAGAUGACUGACAAGAGAGCAAAAAUGGAGUUCCCUAUUUCUAGAGACCGAUUUAACACUGUAUGGUGUUGUAAUAGUACUUUUUAAUAAUUGCGUCAUCGAAGCAGAAUGCUCUAAAUCUGGAGUAAUCUCAGUCUGUUGCUUACUUUGCAGUUCAUUUUUGGAUCAGCGCUUUUUAUUGUGUUCAUAGGCCCAACUGUGCACGACAGAAAUUAUCCUUUCUCGAGUUGGAUUUGGAGUCAAUGAUCUCAGUUCUUCAAAAAAGCACUUUUGAGCGAAAUAAUCUUUUUUGGAUGUCGGUCAGGCCACUGCACCUUUCGAACUGAGUAUGUAACAAUUGACAUAUCACAUCAGUUCCGGCUAGCCGAGAUCUUGAAAUAUGAUUGGUAAAUCUUAAUGUUGUAACUGGGUGGGUAAAGAAAAGUUUUCCUGUUCAAUAGACUGCGUGUUAUUUUUAACGCAAUUUAGUACUGUAGGGAACUGGCUUUUUGUUUUGCUGAGAGUGGUGCAUCUUGGCCUCAAAUUGAUGGAGAUAAUUGGAGCGAAUGUGUUUAUUUAUUUUUUCCUAGCAGAGAAAACUCCAAGAUAUUUGAAUGGGAAACAGUAUCACAUGAUAAGAAAGUUUAAAUGAAUACAAAGAAAUAUUAACAUCAAUUAUCAAUGUUUGAAAGAGCAAUUUGCCUUUGAAUUAGGCCAAUAUAGCGCUGAAAUUUUGCGAUAUUGAAAUACUGCUUCGGGUUAAAAAUGGAAUCCGGAAGAAAUUCGUUUAGUCCAACUGGUGAUGAUGACGAAAUUCUCAUUAAAGAAGAGCUGACUAGUGAACAAAUAUUUUCAGAGUUUGUAACACAAAGUGCAGAUUUGUUGGAAACUGUUCAGACUUUCCAUCAUCUAUGUCAGUCAUUAGAUAUCAAUCCUAGAAAUUAUAAAACAGUGUUUCAAAGUUUAGCUGCCAGACUCACAUUUUGGAAGGCCAAAAAUUUAUGGAAUAAAAUUGAGAAAAGGGCCAAACAUUCUGAUUAUAAAAAUAAGCCAUGUGCUAGACUGAAGACUGUAGUAAUUGGUGCUGGACCUUGUGGUUUGCGAACAGCUAUCGAACUUGCUCUGCUAGGAGCUGAGGUAAUUGUUAUUGAAAAAAGGGACAGCUUUUCAAGAAACAAUGUACUUCAUUUAUGGCCAUUCCUUAUUGUGGAUCUUAAAAGUCUUGGCGCAAAGAUAUUUUAUGGAAAAUUUUGUGCUGGCUCAUUGGAUCACAUCAGUAUACGCAAACUCCAAUGUAUCCUGUUGAAAGUCUGCCUGAUUCUUGGUGUACAGGUUUAUGCACAAACAUCAUUUGAUGAGUUACUUGAACCAACUGAAGGCCAUGGGUGGAGGGUAAAAACAUCACCAAGUCAUGCUGACAUUGCAAAUACGGAUAUAGAUGCUAUUGUAGGGGCUGAUGGAAGGAGGAAUUUAUUGAAAGGAUUUAAAAGAAAGGAGUUCAGAGGAAAGUUAGCAAUUGGAAUUACAGUGAACUUUGUCAACAAGAACACCCAGGUGGAGGCUGCUAUCGAAGAAAUCAGUGGUGUUGCAUUUAUUUAUAAUCAACAAUUUUUUCAAGAACUGAAAGAUAAAACAGGGAUAGAUCUGGAAAAUAUUGUAUAUUACAAAGAUGAUACACAUUAUUUUGUAAUGACUGCAAAGAAGAGAAGUUUACUAGAUAAAGGAGUCAUUAAAGAGGACAAUUCUGAUGCAUAUCAACUCCUUGCACCACAAAAUGUCCAUCAACCAUCACUGCUGAAAUAUGCAACACAGGCUGUUGAUUUUUCAACAAACUAUAAACUACCUCACCAUGAGUUUGCAAUGAAUCAUUACGGAAAAGAAGAUGUUGCUAUGUUUGAUUUUACUUCUAUGCAUGCUGCAGAAAACGCUUCUAGAAUUAUAGAGAGAAAAGGAAAAAGAAUUUUGAUGGGAGUUGUUGGUGAUACCUUGAUUGAGCCAUUUUGGCCAACUGGAUCAGGCUGUGCUAGAGGCUUCCUGAGUGCUUUUGAUGCAGCAUGGGCUGUUAGAAGUCUUGGCCUAGGCAAGGAGCCCUUGGAUAUUAUCCAGGAGAGAGAAAGUAUUCUGAGAUUAUUGGCUCAAACAAAACCUGGAAAUAUGCUUACAGACCACCAGAAAUACUCAAUUGAUCCUUCAACAAGGUAUCCAAAUUUGAAUGCAAGAUCAAUAAAGAAGGAAGCUGUGAGACAUUUGUAUGACAAGUCAAACAUCCCCUUCAGAACAAUCGACUAUGAAACUAUGUCAAAGCAAUCAGCCUUGCCUGUUUCUCCUAAAAAACAAGCAGAGAGAGAAAGCAACAUAGAUGCAUUUAGUUUACUACGUUGGUGCCAGGAACAGACCAAGGCUUACCCUGGAGUGAAAAUAGUUGAUUUGGCUAUUUCGUGGAAAAGCGGUUUAGGAUUUUGUGCCAUCAUUAAUCGAUAUCGACCCGACCUUUUGAACUUCUUUGAACUGGAUGACGACGAUGCUGAGAAGAACUGCCAGUUGGCAUUUGAUAUAGCAGAUGAACAUCUUGGUAUUCCUCCAAAAACUUCUGGUAAAGAUUUCACCAGCAGUGCCGUUCCAGACAGAUUGACAGUCAUUAGUUACCUGUCUUUGUUUUACGAUGCUUUCAAGGGAGAACUGCCAGAAACAGAUGAAGUUGAUGGCGAAGUUUCGAAAAAACCUCGAGUAUUAUUCUGGAACACACUACGCACCUUUGCCGUUGUUGGAACAAACACGAAGUCAAAACUACCAUCACCGGGACCUGAAUCGCCGAGAAAAUCUCCUUUGAAGGCGAACAAAAACACAAUUAUCGCCAGACUGUCAAGAAAGUCUAAAAAGAAAACUAGAAACAUGCAGUCUAGAAAAACAAAAGAAAGAUCAGAUAACAAAGAAAAUAAGGCUGCUGUUGGAAACAAAAAUCUUAAAAGGUUUGAUGGACAGAAAGGUGGAAAAUUACUCGAGAAAAAAGCACUUUUAGAGGAUGAAAGUGAUGUGAAUUCCUCACCGGAACACCAACCAUAUUUGCAGAAACAGAAAGAAGUCGAAAAGCCUUUGAAGAUAUUGCAGCCAAUGGCUAAUCAACAAAAGAACGAGGCUGCUCUCCCAUCAAUUCAAGACGAGUCUAGGCCUCGAAAUGAUUCUGGCGAAUCAGUGUUUGUUAUAACCGGCGUGCAAACAGGGGAGAGUGAGACUGACGUCAUUCAAAACCAGUCGAAAAGAACAAGCAAAAUUAAUAUGCUUGCUGAAAGUGUUUUUGGUGUUCCAACGAAGCAGGCCGUUGCUGAGGCUGAAGCCACUCUAUCAGAAAGUGAGCUGUGCUUCUUCUGUAAACGAAGAGUCUAUGUUUUGGAGAGAAUGUCUGCUGAGGGUCUGUUUUUUCAUCGACAAUGCUUCCGCUGCAACGUGUGCAAAUGCAACCUGUUGCUUGGAAACUAUGCUUUUGAUGCUGAUGAUGAUGAUGAUGGCAAAAACGGAAGCUUCUAUUGCAAAAUGCACUUCAAUCGGAUCUUGUACAAAAAACCCAAGGCAGUUACAGACGAGCAAAAGGAAGCGGUUGCCAGCCCUGGUCGUUCAAGACGAGCAAGACCCGUUACACAAAUUAUACAGCCAUCUUCCCUUCAAAAGACCUUCCCAGAAAUCAUUGCUCCAGAGGAAAGUUCCUUGCCAGGUGAAAUACCACGUGAUCGCUCUCACACCGCUAUGGAAACACGAGUUAGUGACAUAAAUGAUUUGAAAGAGCGUUCUUCCAGUCCUUAUGAUAAAUUUGAGGCAAAGACUCUUGUUCGACACCCAAGCUUGACAAGAAUGCAAUCGAAGAAUUUAUCUCCCAGCAAGGCCUACCCACCAAGCACAAAAAUACAGCAUGCAGUGUCGACGCCGGCUUUGCAGAAGCUAUUGAACGAGGAUAAUGAGUUCGGUGAAGACCUUCGGAGGAGAGCUGAGCUCAAGGAUGAAAGUAAUCAACGACGUAAGCAUUUGCGAAAACUGCAACCGAGCAUGGAGUUGCGAAAGUCGAUUGAAAGGGAUCUGUUGUCUGAUGAGGUCAUUGUACCAGGCCAGCCUAGUAGCCCUAAGUUUAAGAAGCGAUUGGAAUUGGAUGAAGAUUUCAAAAAGGAAGAUGCAGGGAUGAAGCUAAGGCCAGUGUCAGUAAAUAUCGAUAUAGGAGAUGAAGUAGAAGAGUCAACUGGUAAGGACAAACUUGAAGACGGGAAGGUCAAACCAAAGAAGAAGAAGUUUGUUUUGAAGAAGAAAAAGCCAAAAAAGACUGCGGAAGAUGUCAUUCCAGAGGAGAAGGAUUUGUUGUCUUCACCCGAAGAGAAAAAGGCUCCUGUCAAUAUUCCAUAUGCUUUGGGAGAAGAUGUGAGGGAAAAGAGGUCGCUAGUAAGCUCUAUUGCAGAAGUUUCGGAUAAAGGAACGACCAGUGAAGUCCCUGCUUCUGUGGCUGAUAAAGAGAAACUACCUAAAGGUAAAGCGGACAUGGCUAAUGAAGGUGAUGAGCCGGUGUAUUUGGAGAUAUUACCGCAUGACACCGAGAGGGAUGUUGAAAUGCCAGGGAUCAGUUUAGAUAAGAAGAAGAAGGAGGUCGUGAAAAGCAAAAAGGAAAUUGAAAAGGAAAAGAAAGAGUUAAAGAAGGAGAAGAAAAAGAGUAAGAUAAAGGAAAAGAAGGAGGCCAAAAGAGAGAAGAAAAAGACAAAGAAAGAGAAAAAGUCAAAUAGUGACAAUGAAUCUGACUGGGUGGUUGUUGAUUUCAAUCCUGGAAGCAACGAAUGCCACGUCAUAGACGGUCCUCGAGAGAGGCUAUCAACAGAUGAUAGCGAGGCUAGUGACGUCGAGAAACAAACACCAAAGAAAGAUAAACUCUUUUCUAGCAUUCUUGGAACAAAACCAAAGGCCGUGCAAAAAACGCCGGAAGAGCAAAAAGAGGAGGAACGAAAGCAAAAGAGGAAAGAAAUGAAGAAAAUACAGCAAGCCGCAAAUGAACGAAGGUUAAAGCGAUUGUGGGAGGCGCAAUCAAUUCAGAGAAAAUUAAACGAAGUCGAGGUUAAGCAAGUUGAACUCGACGAAAGAGCUAAAACUCUCGAAAGAAAAUUACGAAGACCUUACCUUAAACCGGAAGAAGAAAAAACACUGAUGCUGGACUGGUUUCAGAUUGUUAAUGACAAGAAUGUUUUGCUGAGAUUUGAAUCAGAGUUGGUGAUUCAAGCAAACAGUAUCCAGCUAGAAGACAGACAGGCUAGACUUGAAAGUGACAUCAGAGAACUUCUUACCUCAGAUCAUCCUAAUCCAGAUGACCAAGAGUGGAUUCAAGUCCUUACGAAGGAGCUUGUAGAUACUGUGGAGGAGAGAAAUAAUCUCGUGGAAAUGCUGGAAGAAGAUAGACUAAGGGAACUGGAAGAAGACAAGAAUUUCCACGACCUAUUAGCAUGCAAAGCUGAGGAGCUGGGCAUGGAUCGACUGAUAUGAUUCUGUGAUGUCUUGUGGGCACAAUGUUAUGUACUUGCAUCGAUUCUGGAAGAACUCCAAUUUCUCUUGUAAUAGUACAAACUGUGCUUACAGAACUUACAUACUCGAUGCCCCUGAAUAAGCUUGAUUUAUGAUUUCCAGGGACUGUUAUGCCUCGAAAAGAACUAGUUUAGGCUGUUAUUUUUCUCGAUUUGAUUUCUCAGUUUUUUCUUAUAUUUUGAAGCUUUGAAAUAACGUAGAAAAAGCAAUCACACCUGCAUCUGACACCAUAUUGCACUUAUAAUUAGAUCUUGCUUCCGUUAUAAAGAUCAAUCGCAAUUUAUCACUUUAUGUUUUGAUUUGGCUCUGAUAGUGAUUCAGCUUUUUGCUUCGCAAAACUCCCGAUGUGUUUUUUGCCAAGUUCCAAUUUCAAUUCGACGUCCAGGAGUUGCAGAUAUUGCUAAGUUUUGAGUAAUUUUCAAAAAUCUGCCUGUAUGAAAAAAAAUUAAUUUUUUAAGUGGCCCUAAAGUUUGUGUGUUAUAGUCUCACCAGGCCUACCUGCUUCGCAGUCCACGAUCCAUUAUUUUAAGUAAAUAUUUUUGUUCAAAGCCUCAAAAUAUUAAAUUUUUACCAUGUUUUUGUUUUGGGCUUGCGAUUUUAUAUUAGCUGCUAUUUACAAACAAAUGUAAUUAAUAAAGGAGAUUUUUGUAAAGUAAUAUAUUUACAAUUAGAGUGUUAUUUUGUGCUUUGGAAUAACUUUUUGUUAUUUAUUAGAGGGAUUGAUGGCGAUUAAGAAUGUUCCCAAGAAUUAAAUAGAAUUUUUUUUGUCUGACAAAGUAGACUAAUUUAAAACGAAGGUUUUGUAUUGCAUUUUCUGACAAUGUAACUAAACAUAAAUUUUCAAAAAAUAAGUAUGUUUGUUCAGGGUUUGUCUGGAAAGCAAAUACUUACGUUUCGAUUGGGAUAAUUUUCAAUCGUUAAAAAGCAUUGGAGUAGUGAUUAUAUUUUAAUGAAUUUUUUCGAUGUUAUUUGACUAUUCCUUUUUAAGUUAA